AUGUCACACCCAAGGGUAGAGGAGGUCGAAGACAGCGACAUCGAGGCGUCUGACCCCUCCGAGGGCGACAUCGACGAGUUCGACGACAUGGACAUUAUGCGACGGGUCGAACCCAAGUCCUCCACCACCUCCUCCUCGGCCGCCGCCGCCGCCGCCUCGCACAUCAACCCGGCCAACAUACCCUCCGCCGCCGCCGCCGCGCCCCGAGCCGGCGCAGGAGGCCCGGAAUGGCAAACGGCAAACGACCCGAAGCAGUACGCCGACUUCCAGUGCCUGUACCCGGUCUACUUCGACGCCCGGCGCACGCGCGCCGAGGGCCGCCGCGUGCCCAAGGAGCUGGCCGUCACGAACCCGAUCGCGCGCGAGAUCGUCAACGCCUGCGCCGCCAUGCACCUCCCCACCCUCUUCGAGACGGGCAAGUUCCACCCCAAGGACUGGGCGAACCCGGGCCGCGUCAAGGUCAGGAUACGCUUCGGCGGCGAGGCGGGACGCGGCAAGGACGGCGGCAAGGCCAGCCCCAACCAGAAGCCCCACGGCAUGCCGCAGAUCAACAACAAGCACCACCUCUACAUCCUCGUGGCGAAGCACCUCAAGGCGAACCCGACGACGGAGGACAGCGCGGCGCUGAGGGCGCGCGUGCAGGGCGCCCCCGCGGCGGACCCGAGCAAGCCGUGGCCCCGGCCCGCGGUCCCGCGGGGCUGGAAGAUGGGCGACCUGCUGCCGUACAUCAGUCCCGCCAUGACGGGCGGCGGCGUGAGCGAGAACUUUUUCAAGGACAUGAUGAAGGAGAUGCAGGGCGGAGGGGACCCGAUGGCCGCGUUGAUGGGGCAGGCGGCCGGUGGCGGCGGCGGCGGCAGCGGAGCGGAGGAUAAACCCGCCAAGAAGAAGAAGGGCAAGGGCAAAGCAUGA